AUGGGGCAGAGCCUGCCAAAGGCAGUCACCUCCAUAGUUUUGGAAGAAGAUGCUGGACCUUUGUUCCGCCUUGGCUCUGCAGAGAUGAAUGGGCAUCGGCCCGCAAUGGAGGAUGCACAUGUGGCACUGAUGCGCGACACAUGGGGUUUUUUUGGUGUCUUUGAUGGUCAUGGUGGCCAGCAAUGCUCCACAUUCGUGGCAAGAAGAUUGACGGAGGAACUAUCAAAGAUGGAUCUCCCCGACAAUGAUGCGGUCAAGUCACUGAUGCUGAGAAUAGACACAGAGUUCCUUGAUACCAAGCAGCCAAGCGGAAGCACCGGCACUUUUGCCUUAGCAAUACCUUCCACAGAUGGCAAGACUGUUGAGCUGAGGAAGGUUCUACCUUUGCCUCGCAUUGCCUCCCGUGUCUUAAAGGCGAACAUGGAUCCAGUGCUCGUCACUGGAGCCUCUGGGCGGCUGGGUAGCCAGAUAGUUCGAAAACUGGUGGAUGCAGGCCGCACAGUCGUCGCAACUGAUCGAGUUGACCCACAGGCAUCAAUUUGGGGGCCAUCAUCAAGCAGCGUUGAGUUUGUGAAGGCAGAUCUAUGCGAUUCAGAUGCUAUGUACAAACUGGCGGCAAAGGCAAAGAGCGUGAUUCAUGUUGGGGCCAUUCCAGGCCCUUCACAGCAUCCACCUCCAAGAGUUCCACCAGAGCUUGCCAGAAAUUCGCCUAUUGGCUUGGAGUCUGUUAAGGGCAUUGAGUUGAUGAAUCAAAAUCUCACAGGGACGGCUAUACUUUUUGAAGCUGCAGCUUCCAAUGGCCACAGUCGGGUGGUAUUUUCUUCCUCAUUGUUUGCCAUGGGCUACUCUCAUGACCCAAGUGCCUUUAGGCCGAGAUACCUGCCAUUGGAUGAAGAGCAUGGAGCCUAUCCACUGGAACACUACGGGUUAAGCAAAGUGUUUGGUGAAGAGUUUGCAGCUAUGUUGACGCGAGCUCCUGGUGAUGCCUCUUUGGAUCCUCCAUCGAAGCGACCUCGUUCUGAAGCUUUGUCAUUUGUAUCAUUGCGAUUUUCAAACAUCAUCAAGGAAGAGAAAUGGAACGAGUUGCCUCUUUCUUGGAAGUCGAGGCCUCUAAAAGUCACGCCAUUGAUGUGGGCCUAUUGCCACGAGCACGAUGUUGUUGAUGCACACCUCAAGGCCUUGAUGCUACCAGCAGAGGCGUUGGCCUCCAGGUGCGAAUCUUUCAUUAUCGUCGCAGACGAUACACGAUAUGACUUGCCGACUGCUCAAAUGGUUUUCGAGCACUUUGGCGAUAGGAGGCCUUUCUCAUCAAAGCUGGACGGCUUCGCUUCACUUGUGAGCAACAAGAAAGCCAAGCGAGUGCUGGGAAUGUCAUUCCGCUCCUUUCGCACGCCAUGCGCAUCUCAGCCUUUGUCCCAGGAUGGCAGUACUUCUCAGGCAUCCGUGUUCCACGCGCCUGCUGACUUUAUUCUGAAAUCGGGCAUCCCUGGAGGUGGAUUGAAGUUGGUGUACCAGAUGUACGGAGCAUUGAACACGGAGAAGACAAAUUGCAUACUGCAUCCCACUUCUUUUGAUGCCACCCACCCAGAACUUGAGUUCAAUGUCGGACCUGGAAAGACCUUAGAUACCAACCGCUAUUGUGUUUUGAUUGUGAAUCUUUUGGGGAACGGCCUGUCUACGUCUCCAUCUGGAAAUGCCGAUCGGAGCAAUGUCCAGGAAUACCCGGCAUGCGGCACAAGUGUUUGCGACAAUGUCCGGCUUCAGGCUGUGUUGCUGGACUCCCUCGGAAUACAAGAGCUUGCGUGCAUCUACGGGUACUCAAUGGGAGCGAUGCAAGCUUUGCAUUGGGCAGCAAUGUACCCUAACCGGGUGAAGCGAGUGGCCGCCGUUUGUGGGUCAGCCAAGCCCAGUGACUUUAACAUUGUCUUUCUUGACAGUCUUGAGGCUGCGCUGCUUGCAGACAAGGAUUGCGAUGUUUCAACAGGAUGGAAGUUACUCGGCCCCUGUCAGCAGGGUUUGAAGGCAUUUGCCCGAAUUUACGCUGGUUGGGGUGUUCCCCGGCAGUUCUACCAGAAGGAGAUUUGGCGAAAGUCCUCCAGGGAUGGCACAGCUUUUAGCAGUCGUGAGGACUUCGUGGCUCGAUCUUACGACAAUGGCUUCGUGAAUUCCAAUCCUUUGAAUCUCUUGGCCCAGGUCAGGACGUGGAGGCAGGGCGAUAUUUCUACAGCGUACGGGAUGCCUAGCAGCUCGACCAUGGCUUCUGUUCUGGGACGGAUUUCAGCGAGGGUCUACCUGAUGCCGUGCACUACAGACUCUUACUUCAGCGCCGCUGAUAUUGAAAAUGAAGGACAGCUGAUCCCAAAUUGUCGCUUCUUGCCCAUUGAGUCUGACUGGGGGCAUCGUGCGGGCGAUCCACAUCGCCCUGGUCAAGAGGCAGACGCAGAUUUCAUUGGGCGCCACGUUAAAGAGCUGCUAGCUGAAGAAGUCGGCAAUAUCGGCGACAGCCGUGUUCUCCUCGGCCGAGCAGAUGGGACCAUGGUGGAAGGUCCAGGCACUGAUGGAGGCUUGACGACUGACCACAAGCCUGAUCAUCCAGUAGAAGUGGAGCGGAUCCAGCGGACAGGUGGUACUGUGCAGACCAUCAUGGGAGUUCCGCGAGUCAAUGGUGACCUUGCAGUAAGUCGUGCUUUUGGAGAUGCACAGCACAAAAAGACGGGCGGUCCCAAGCAGGAAGAUCAUCCUGUUUCUGUGGAGCCAGAAUUUACUACAUUGAGCUGUGAUCGCACUGACUUUCUGAUACUUGUGUGCGAUGGCAUAUCCGAAGGCAACUUUCCCAACCGAGAAGUUGUACAACUAGCAGCCGAAGAGCUGAAGUCCAAAGAACCAGCUCAGGCAGCUGCGUCGGUAUGCCGUAGAGCACUGGAUCGUGGAUCCAUGGACAAUCUCUCCUGUAUGAUAGUAUGCUUUGACGGGAAAACCGAGAAGACGGGGCGCAUCAAGGACUUGGUUCCUGGCCCUUUCACGGAGCCAGCCCAUGGUGGCUUCAGAAAGGCAUACGCGGCGAUGGCAGAACGUGCAGGCGUAUCCCUGGAAGCCGCAGUGGAACGGAGAUAUGACGCUGCCCGAAAGCUGGAUGAAGAAGCUUCCCGUGCGCAUUCCGCCAAGGAAAACGGUGACGCCAAAAGCAAGGAAGAAAAUGGCCAGUCUUUGGCAAAGAUGCUUUGGCCAAUGCGGAGCAUGGAGCAGGGCGAGGAGGGCACUGACGUGGCCCUAAAAGAGCUACGGAGCGAGCUGCAGAACUUUGGGAGUGGGCCUCCUGCAAAGCUCACUGAAGGCAGCAACGAAAGAACCGCGUGGUUCAAAGAGUGGCUUGACGGAACAGAGUUGGAAGGAGGCAAAGACCCAAGCACGAUGACGCGAGAGGAGCUGCUGAGUUGGGCCGAAGAAGAUCCCCAGGUUUUGGCAAUGGCAAAGGCGCAGGGAUGGCUUAGCCAGCGAGCCAUGCGCCGAGUCCGCAUCGUCGAUGCAGAGAAAUUGCGGCCCGCAAUAGAGGCGCACGAAGUGAUCCAAUGGGAUGAUCGCCUCUUAUCGGUGUGCGGCCAGGUUGGGAAGGUUCUUCAGGAUGAUGAGUCCGAUGGCACUUCGCAGGUGAAGUUUCGAGGGAAAGUGUCUGCAAGUGUUUGGUUGCCACUCGAUUGCCUGAUCGAUGAAGAAGACGAUCCGCCAAGAAAGGUUCAAGUGGCCCCCCUGGAAGUUCUCAAAGCUGCAAUCGAAGAGCAUCCAAUGCUGACAUGGAAGGAUGGCAUGGAGAACUUGGCUGACCAGGUUGCUAUUGCCAUAAAGGACGAGCAGGAGUUCCAACUCACGGAAGUCAGGUUCCCGCCGCCACUUAGCUUGAGAAGGUACCUUCCGAAUUCUGUGCUGCAAGAUUUAGAAGGUCCAGUUGGUGAUAUACCGAUCGAAGAGAUCGAUUCGACUGAAUCAGCUUCUGAUAGUGACGACGACAUGAUGAUGGAUCUGGAGGAUGCCGGAGCCCUUCGUGACGCAUACAUCCCGUCAAUGGAGAAAGUAAAAGCGGCUAUUCAGGCCUUCGAAAAUUUUGAGUGGGAGGAGUCUUUAGAGUGGUGCUUGGAGCAGAAGGGAGAGGUCCUGAUGGAUUACCCGUCCGGAUUAUCUUGCCUCCGUGUUGCUGAUGGACUUGUUUGGCUACCCACCUGCGCUUUGGAGGAGAUCAACGACUCUCCAGCUGUGGCCGAGGAGGUGAAGGUGGAACUUGAGUCCCAAGGAGAGGUAAAGGAGGUGAAGCAGAUAGAGGAAAAGACUGCAGAGGAGGAGAAAGAAGCAAAGCGUGCAGAGAUUGCAGCCAGAGUGGCUGCUGCUAAAGCAGAACGUGAGAAGGUGGAGAUAGUGAAAGUGUUCGAAGAAGCGAAAAAGAAAGAGAUCGAAGAGAAAGGAGCGACUUCUCACUACGGAGAGCACCAGGGCAUUACAUGUGAUGCAUGUGCGGUUGUUCCAAUAUUUGGCUACCGCUAUGCUUGCAAAUCCUGUGCGUCGCACGAUGUGUGCGAGUCUUGCUAUGACGCCUGGGCAGGUGGCACAGGAAUUAUGCCAAACAAAUUGGCGAAGCAGACGCUGAGCACACAUCCCGCAGAUCACUGUUUCAAAUUGUACAAGGAUCAGACAUUCAAGUCCGUUGUCAAGCCAGCAGGCGGUGCUUCAGUAAAGUCAGCCCCAAAACUCAAACCGAAUGAUAAUUGUGAUUGCGGAUCAGGAAAGAAGUACAAGAAGUGCUGUAUGAACAACUUGGCAAGCUGA